AUGCAGCGCAACAUGUUUAAUAUCAUAACGUCAUUUAUUUUCAUUCUUUCUUUAAUAUGCCAAGAAGCACUGGAACAAACGAAUGGUACACCUUUGGUUAGAAAAUAUUUUAAAAACAAACCUAAUCAUUACGAUGAAGGAAUCAAACCUAAUAAUUCAAUUGUUUGUGAAGUAAUGAAAAAUGCACAAUUUUGGGUGCCAGAUCAAAUAGAGAAAAUAUGGAUUCCAGCGUAUUAUUGGAGGAUAAAAGAACCUUUUGAAACAUUUUACAAAAAUAUGAAUAACAUUAGACGGAAAAUUGAACCACACAUAAAUAAUAUAAAUAGAACUUACUUUUUAGGUCAAUCUCGAAUUGAUCAAGAGUUACAAACGGUUUUAAACAAAUCACUAUAUAACAUAACCAAAAACUUUACCGAAGAUAAAGACAAUAAUAACAAAAACUCGCAACCUACAAUAAGAAAAGUAAAUAAGACAAAAAUUGAAUUAGCAAAUAAUAUAAAUUCAAAAGAAACUCUUACACAUGAUUUCAAAAAUUACACGUCUGUUUUUAAUAGUCAAGAAAAUAAACAGGAAUAUACGUUUUAUGAAGUAGAAAAUGAAUCUGAACGUAAUAACUUACAAAAAUUCACGUUGUUAAAUUUUUUUACAAAUGCUCAAAUUAAUAAGUCAAAAUUAAAUACAAGGAGAUCUGAUGCCGAUGGUACUGCUUCUAACUUUGAUAAAGGAAACAAAAUUACAAAAGGAGAUUCAUAUAAAGAAAAUAAAUUACCUUUAAAUUUAGUUGAAUCACACAUCAGUGAUAUAGCAAAUAAUAAAAACGAGUAUGUUGCAAAGGAAGAUGUGUAUGCCAGUGGCGAGAACCAGGAUUUUUUAAUAAACUACAGCGAUUCUCUCGAAGAGACGACUAAUGAAAAUUUUACUUCGGAAUUAGUUUAUUCUAGAGAAAAAUUGCCACAAUAUAGAGAUGGCAUGAAAACGCCCAACAUAGUUAAUUCACAGAACGAGACGGAAGAGCAACGUGCUCACCGCCUCGGUGUGAUCCACGAUCGUCUAUCGAACGAGACGGAAGAGCAACGUGCUCACCGCCUCGGUGUGAUCCACGAUCGUCUGUCGAACGAGACGGAAGAGCAACGUGCUCACCGCCUCGGUGUGAUCCACGAUCGUCUAUCGAAUGAGACGGAAGCGCAACGUGCCCACCGCCUCGGCGUCAUCCACGAUCGUCUAUCGAACGAGACAGAAGAGCAACGUGCUCACCGCCUCGGUGUGAUCCACGAUCGUCUAUCGAAUGAGACGGAAGAGCAACGUGCCCACCGACUCGGAUUGAUUCGCGAUCGCUUAUCAAACGAAACACCUGAAACUCGUUCAGAUCGACUUAGUAGAAUGCAACAAGCUAAUCAAGCUUGUAGGGACAUCACAAAUGAGCAAUCUUUUGAAGCGGCUAUUAAUAUUUUUGCUGAUGUACCAUGCGCCGUUUGUAAAAGAAGCCUUUAUCCUCAACAGCGUUCCAAUUUACGAGCAAAUAUGUAUAGUAUACUAUUACCUGAAGAACUGGUUGCUUUAGGUACAAUAACUACGUGCUCUCGAUGUAGCAAUAAUAUUAGGAAAAGAAAAAUUCCAACAACUGCAUAUUGGAAUAAAAUGAUGCCCGCAGAAGUACCGCCUGAAUUAGUCAAUUUGACGAGCGUUGAAGAACGAUUUUUAAGCCGCAUCGUACCGUUUUUAAAGAUUGUAAAACUUAAUAACCGGUUCAGUCAAAAUUGGUGUAAAGGGCAGGUCAUUCUAUUUGCAAAGGAUGUUGUGGAAAUUGCUGAACAGUUACCACUGACACCAAAUCAAGCUGGUUUAGUUUUGGUAGUGGAAAGUCUCGAGAACCUUUCAUGUUCUAAAGAAUUCGUCGUGGAUGUGCAAAGACUGAAUAGAGCAUUAACUUGGUUAAUUUCCAAUAACCAUCUUUACAGCGAUGUUCAGGUACAUUUUGAAACUACUUUAAAUAUUCCUCAUAUAUUACAAAUAGCUGAAAAUUCUAUUCCUGAACAGGAUGGCAUUGCUUCUGAAACUUUAUCACAACAUUAUAUCACUUUAAAUGACAACAAGGCAAUAUUACGCGGAUCAUUUAAUCAAGGUGAUUUACGAUUUAAUUUAUCUCGGGGUAAGCAAUGUACUGGGAUAGCGGCUGUUGCUUGUGCAGCAUUUAGUGUAUUAGAUCCAAACAAGUGGGCCAAAAGUGAUAUUGAUUACAUUGUAAUUAUUGGCGAUAAAUACUAUAAUGACUGCAUCGCUGCUAGAGAUAAUCCUGCGCCCGGCGAAGUAAAUCCUGAGUACCUUGCUGUUUCAGAUCUUAGUCCAAGACUUAUAUAUAAUAGACAAAAUUUAGUGAUCACAGUACUUGAGGAAACCAAUCAUAAUGGCCACAUAGACAAUGAUAAUACUUCCGAUGGACUUCCUAAUUUAAAAAAUGCAUUAUUAAGUUUUUUCAGAGAACACUCCAAUGGGAUACUUACAGCAAACGCCAUAUCGAUAGCAGUGCAUUGCAGAACUUUAGGUGACAAUCAAACUUACUUUUUGUUUGAUUCCCAUGCAAGGGGUCCCAAGGGGGCUUCCGCUCCCAUAAAUGGUACCGCUUGUUGCAUGCGAUUUAGUGAACUGGAUGAUUUGCAUGCUAUUUUACGUCGCAAUUUAUUUGUGUCGCCAAAAAAGUGCCAGAAGGAAACUUUCGAGAUAAUCUUAAUGUAUUCUCGUUAA